AGUGUUAUUUUUUUCUUUUAUUUUUUGCCUGCCUCUCCGGAUUUCAACAUUUCAUAGGUGUAUCAGUGCAAUAACUUCCGGCGCAUAACCUGAGUACCCUUCAUCCGUGGAGCGGAGCCCUUUUUUCCCGGCCAUCCGUACAUGGCGUCACAGGAUGAACCGAAAAAAUAUCUCCGUCUCAACAGUCCAGCCGGUGGCGAAGCGAAAGUUUAUGAAUGGCCUCUCAUACGAACGCCGAAUUACGACGAAAGUCAGGAUCUCGUGGCGACCAUCGAACUUGUGUUCGACGAAGUUUACAAGAACAAUGUUCACAAUAUCACCACGAGGAACAAUAUCAUCGCAAAAAUGCCGUCGUCUGAUUAUGAGGAGAUGCGAUCGAUGUGUGAUCGGUUCAACAAACUCGUGAAAGCCAUGCACGGAAUGUACAUGGGGACUACCUUGGAUCCGUUGUGCGAAAACCCACCGAGUUCGAAGAUUCUCAACGCGAUCAUCACAAAAGUUUAUCGUGCCUCUGUGAGCAAUCCUGAGCGCUUGAACUGUUAUACGGCAUUCACGCCCAGUGUUUACGGGGAAACGAAAUUCGAGACCAUAGAGAAAAUGCUGGAGUGCAUUUCUUUGGACGAAAACUCCGUAGUGAUCGAUCUUGGGUCUGGUGUGGGACAAGUCGUGCUUCAGAUUGCGGCCAGCGCACGUGUAAAGAUGGUUUACGGCAUAGAGAAGGAAGAAAUACCGAAUACUUACGCACAGGCCAUGGAUCGGAAUUUCCGGACGUGGAUGAACUGGUUCGGGUUCAAAUACUCGCCGUUUGAGCUGAUUGCCGGGGAUUUCCUGCACGAGGAGCAUCGGACGAAGAUAACCUCUUCCAAGCUCAUAUUUGUCAACAACUAUGUGUUCGGAGCGGAAGUGGACAAUGCGUUGAAGAAGAUUUUUGAAGGGUGCGAACAUGGAACUGCUAUCGUGUCUUCUGUUGCUUUCGGAAAGUGCACCAACAAUCGCCCGAAUUCACGGAAUGUUCAGGAUCUCGGUGUGUUGCUGGACACCAAGAAGGUGCCACCAAUUAUUGGUGAAGUGUCUUGGACUGACAAGCCUGUGAAAUAUUUUGUGCAGUUCAUCGACUUGGUUCGGUUGAACGCCUAUUUCGAGGACCAGCAAAAAAGGCAAGCCAAUGGGAACAGUAACGGGAAUGGUCGCCGGAAAACGAAGAAAGUUCGUAGCGUGGACCUGAAUGUGCCGACGAAGGACACGGAUGAUGAAACUAGCACGCAUUCCUUGCCAGACAUGUCCAUGUCUCCUCAGACGGCCGCUGCGUCCGCAAACCUGUCCUUUAGCAGGGAAGUGUCUGCUGCACCGCCCAUCACGCGUGGACGAGGCAGGGGACGCCCCCCUGGCUCCACGAACAAACGGGCCACGAAACCCGGCAUUGCCGCCACACGACCGACUCCUGCGUUGUGUCAGGCGGCCCUCGAGGCCCUGCAUUCUCACACUUUGCUCAGCACGGAACUACGCCUUGCGUCGUCGCCAGAAGCCACGCCUGGAGCCGAGGACUUCGCAGACGUGUCUGAGGAAACCAUGGAGUGUACUGUGGAGGACGACGAUCCGGAGUUGAAGGAGCUGCUGGCAGAGCUGAUGAAUCGCAUGCGGCCAGCAGUGAAGCGGUUUUGUGCUGCGAGGAGAAACACGCAGAAAUUCUCUGAUAAUAUUUUGCGAAGGCAGGAGAUGUUGCAGAAAAAGCUGGAGAUUUUGCGAGUGAUGAGGAAUGCGAUGGCGGAAGAAGUGAAGAGGUGCGAAAAGGUGGCCCUGGAGCACUGGCAGAAGAAGGCCAGCAAGUUGAACUUGCCUUCGUCCACGACGGAAGAUAUGGAGAAAAUGCUGGAAGCGUAUCAGGUGUAUUCGAGAUGCGUCAUCAAGGAAGGUUCUGUGCUGCAGCUGGUGAAGCAAGAAUGUCAGUUGAAAGAGGAAGAAGCGUUGCGAAAGAUUUAUUCCGUGACUGACUUCCUCCGUGGAAGAAACAACACGGCGUUGUUCCUAGAAAUAGUGAGAUCGGUGCCUGCUUUGUACAAUGUGUUUUGGGGAACGUUGCUGAAGCAGCUGAAGAGAAGUUGUGAGGUGGCCAAGGUGCACAAGGCAGAGUUGCUAGAAAAUGUGGCCCAGCUGGAGCAGCGUAAAAAGGAGGCGGAAGAGCAGAAAGCGUCGGGUCCUCGAUUCUCCGUCCCUGUCAUGUCCCUCCCCAACUUCACCAAUUUCAAGGAAAACACUCCACCGGUGCAGAAGAAAAACCCGCUGCUGCCCCCGGUUGUCCCCUUGUCUAAUCCUGCUGCUGCUGCUGCAAACGGCGGCAGCAGCAGACAUGGCGGCGUUCUUCCCCCUGCGUCCAGUAUAGGGCGGCAAGAUUAUCCCCUGGUGCCUGACUUGGGCCGAAUUGACGAGAAGAACCCGACCAAGCUGGCCCAUAAGAUUGUCGAACAGGGACGCAUAGAACAGAGUUUGUUGAUGACGAAAGCGGCGCCUCCAGCUGGUGGUGGUGGUGCGAGGACCAAUGUGAAAGGAGGAUCGUUACCCCUGGCUCCUGCGCUGGAUAUGUCUUAUCCAUCGGACCGUGUUCAGUCGAUAAUAACCAAAUGCCUGAAUGACGAAAGUCAGUCUGCGGAAGAAACCCUGAGCUCCCAAGUGCCGCCCAACCUGCUGAUGUCUGUCCCCACCGGGAAUGCUGAAGAAGCUCAGCAGCAACAACAGCAACCGCCUCCUCCUCCUCCUCCUCAAGGCGCCGCCGGUCUGGAUCAGUCGUCCCUCCCGAUGUCAGUCGCACUUUCAGCAACUACCUCAGCUUCCGCGUUGUCCAGCGGCAGUCCAUCGAAGGCAUUCUUUUCCCCUGCUCACUGGAAAUCGCGGCGUGAGGCCGGUUCUGCUAGUUUCCCACCUGUGGAACCCGGCGGACGUGCUCCCGAUUACUCUCUACUUUCCCCAACCAAGGCGGCUUUGUUGCGCCACAAGCAGCAAGCCGGAAGUGUUCCUGGUGUGAAAACGUUGGAGAUUUCGAGCCAGAAUCUGAUCGACAUGGCCAUCGACAAGAGCUACAAUGCCGCCAAUUUGUACUCGCCCAUUUCUCGGCCGACGAGUGCAGAACCGAAUUUGGCGGGUGGUGGCGGUGUUCCGGGUAACGGACAGAUGAUUGCAUCCAUUUUUAGCGCAGUCGAUGACCCGGAUCCGGAACCCGAAGGACUGGCUGCUUGUCUGACGGAAUCAGCGCAACACGUGCAAAAGAAGCAGAGAAUCGUUGGUGCGGAAAAGGAUGGGACUGAAGUGGCAGUGGAAAACUUAUCGACGAAGAAAUGGGACAAGAGAAUGCGGUACCAGAACAUGAAGAAGUUGGAAACGGAUGACGGGGUUCCGUCGGGCGGGACGGAAAAACCGAUUUCUGGCUCCGAACGAAACGGUUCCCAUCAGUUGGACCCCUUGACACUCGCUGACAGUCCUUCCCAACCAGACGAUGAAGAUUUCGACCAAGCAUUCAACCGGGCUCUCAACUACGGCUACAACGUGUUCUCGGAAGUGCAAAAGGUGAAGCGGAAAUCGGAAAGCGAGUCGGAGAACUGUUCGGGCACUGGUGGGAGUGACGAGAACCCGUAUCCCGGUGGGUUCCACCCAAAGAAGAAGAGGAUGAGUUACGGAACGAAGGACUCUGAGAUGGGAACGACACCUGAAGCAAAUGUUGACAUCGAUUCAACGGCCACUCAUUACGAGAAGAUGAAGUUGUAUAAUGCAUUGUUGGAAUCCGAAGCGGAGGAAUCCGACCGAGGCAUUGAUGCAAUGUCCCUUCGAGUCCCGCUCGAGGAUGAACCGAUGGGUGAAGUUGUUUGUUCGCCUCGUGGAAUACUUGAACCUGAAGCAAGAAUUCCCCCCUUGAAUGGAUCUGAAUCAAUGAAAGGAAUCGAGGGAAUUGAGUCCAACGAUGUCGCAGAAAGUUCAACUGCGAUUCCUGAAAAGCAGCGACUCGAGGAAUUGAAAGCAUUGCUGACGAAGCCAGUGAGCAUCCCGGUGUCGGAAAUGGCGUCGUGGUGUCGAGACAGCCGAGACGCCAAAGCGGCGCUCAUUCGCUCCUUCGCCGACGGCUCUGCGUUUCCUCCACGGGCCCCGGGCGCGAGUCAUCCGCCGACCUACACUGCCCGUUUCGGCCCCGACUUCCCACCGAAAGGACUGAGUCUCGCCGACGGGGCAGAAGUGCUCAUUUUGUGUCACGUGGAAUUUGAGGACAUGCUGGCGGAUUUGAAAUUGCCCGAGAAGGUGCUGGGCGGCAGGGACAUCGUGCUGGACUGGAGGGCCCUGGGCGGCAGCAAACGGGUGGGUGGUGCUGUGAGAGCCAAGCCCCAAGAGUGGAAACCUGAAAAGCAGCAAGACUCCCCAAAGGGUCCAUCGACUUUGCCAAAGCAAAAGGCACGCAAACCUGGUCAGCAGCAGCCGGAUGAUGUGCCGUGUCCCUUGUGUGCGGAUUACUUCAGCCAAUCUGCCAUAGAGGUGAUGAGAUUCAUCUUUGUUGUUGCUGUUGUUGUUAAAGAUUUCGUUACUGACAUUCAAAAUAAGUUUCUGUCCAAUAAUUUUGUGUGUGGUAGACCAUGCAUCAGCAUGUAUGGGAAAGUGAAGCUUGGACGAGGAUCAGCACGAAUUUCCCGAGCUUUCUUGGAACUUUUGAAAAUCAUCACCGAAAUUCGUUUGUUUUCUAUAUUCGACGUCGCCAUGUCAUGUUCCAUUGUUGUGAUCUUCCAUUCCCAGUCGGAGCUUUAA